CCGCCGGCCCCGCCUCCGCGCAUGCGCAGCCGCCGGCUCAGGGGCGGUUUCCGGCCGCCCCCGGGACGGGCCCUCCCUUUCUGCUCGGCGGCGGCCAUCAUGGUGUUCAAACGCUUCGUCGAGAUCGGCAGAGUUGCCUUCAUUUCCUUCGGGCCGCAUGCUGGCAAGCUGGUGGCCAUUGUGGAUGUUAUUGACCAAAAUAGGGCACUAGUUGAUGGCCCCUGCAGUGGUGUCAGAAGGCAGGCUAUGCCCUUCAAGUGCAUGCAGCUGACUGAUUUUGUACUCAAGUUCCCACACAGUGCUCGUCAGAAGUGUGUGCGACUUGCCUGGGAAAAGGAAAAUAUAAAUGAAAAAUGGGCAGCGACAAGAUGGGCAAAGAAGAUUGAAGCCCGAGAAAAGAAAGCCAAAAUGACUGACUUUGAUCGCUACAAGGUUAUGAAAGCAAAGAAAAUGAGAAACAGGAUUAUCAAGCACGAAAUGAAGAAGCUCCAGAAGAUGUCUUCUAAAAAAGGCAAGAAGCCAGAGAAGUCAGAGAAGGCGCCGAAGUCAGAAAAGGCACCGAAGUCCGAGAAGGUGCCGAAGGCACAGAAGGCGCAGAAAUAAAAUGAACUUCUAGUUAUGUA